UCGUAUUAAUCACCUACAGACUAUCUCUAUAUGCCUGAACAUUGCGUCCCUAGUUACCACCGUUAUUAAACGCUUCGGCUAAAACGGGUAGUUCGGAUAGACACUAGUGUAAACUUUUCAGCCCCUGUGUCUUAUCAAAUUGAACGGACAAUUCUUUUUCAUUAAUACUAGCGUAAGGAUUUUACUCAAAGAAUGUCAACGGAAGUGUUCAGACCCUCCAACGGUGCCGACCUGGUAACUAGAAGUGGUCUCGGCGAGGGAUAUGCCGAACCCGUUGAUUCAUUUAAAAAAUCAACAAGUAAUCUCAGCAGACCCUCAACACAGGGUGGCUACAGAUUCGGUCAACUUAGUCAGAACUCAUUUUUCACCAGACAUAACCCGCAUCCAGCAAGAGUUCGACAUUUGAAAGGUCUGCUAGACGUACCAAUAUGUGCCGUAAACGACGACGGCUAUUUUUCCAAUCCCAGAUAUUCGUUACAGUUCCCGCCAAAUUCUUUCAACCAAAAGAAAUUACAAAGGAUUCCAGUCAACGCCAUUAAUGUCAACUCACAACUUCAUCCAAUCAACACUGUCACAGGUUUACAGUACUUUACUGGACUUACAAAUUAUCCAUUCCGGGAGAAGGCUGUGCCAAAGAUCGGGCUUGUUCCGGUCACAGAGGCUUGGAGGGAUGAACUAAAAUUUUUAACAGACGCUUUGCAAGAAGUACAGGCUGAAAAGCCACCAAAAGAAAAUAAACUACCAGAAAGACCCAAAACACAAUACUCAGAAACUACCGGGCGAUUAAUUCCACCCCCAUCACGUGCAAUGUCAAGGGGUCCAUCUAGACAAGGUUCAAGACUUGGAUCAAGGUCUGGGCAGAGAGAUCUGUACCAGAGAAAUUUCCAACAUAUAGCUGAAGAUCCUGAUAUGGAAUCUCAGGUAUUAAUGAUGUUGUGUCAGAUUCUACAAACUGAAGAUAUAAAUGCUGUCAAGGCCUGGUUAUGUUCUGCCGGCGAAAGAGAGAAGACGAUGGUACUGGAGAUGAUUAAAACAGCGGUAGGAUCAAAAGAAGAAUAUUUUGAGAGACAAUUCAAACCUGAAUAUAUUGAAAACGACAACGUUCCAAAACUGCCACCCAUAAACGAGGAUGGCAAGCCUAAAAACGUUACCAGACUGACUGUUGAAGAAGAUGGAAGUGAACAUAUAGAAUCUUGGAAACAACCUGCUGUUGCCACAUGGUCCCAGCAGCAGUCAACACAGCCGCAAGCACAACCGGAACCAGAUAUGAUCCGCCCACCAACCUCAGAUGCAUUUAGAAAAACAUCCGGGCGUCUAAGAAGUCAGCAAACUGGCCGUGUACCUACACCAAAAGCAGCACCAGUUCCAGAACAAGCCGUACUUCGGUUAACUACAUCCGCACAAGGAAAUAGACCCCAAAUAACAGAACCUGUUGCCCCGGCAACUGUAGACCAAAUUCAAGAAACAAGUCAAAAUACAUUUUAAUAAAUAAGAAUAUUAAACAAUUAGCUGACUUAAAUAUACACUUUUAAACACUGGCAGGCGAAAUGUAUUAAACAACGGUCUGACGUCAUCAUUAGCUAAAAGAAUUCAUGCAUACACAAAUAUUUCAAAUAUUUUGUAAUUAUCAAAUAAACUUCCUAUACGACGUUUUUUACAACGCUGACGAAAGAUUUUUUUUCUUUUCGAGUUUAAAUUUUUGUCUUAAAACAUCUUUGUGUUAAAUGCAACGUCUUUUAUCUUUCGGUUUUACAUUACGUUUCAAUAUUAUCAUUAAUUGCAACUUUGAUUCACUGUUCAAACCAUUUUUGUUGAUUUUAUUUGUUGAUUCUGUUAUCUUUUAAGUGAAAUGCCGGUGUUAGUGAUGCAUGUAGCUAGGAAGUCACGUGCAAUGUAACCCGCAUAGUUUAACUUACGAUCAGUAUUAAUUACUUGGCCACACAUAGCUUUCAACUUAGUUAGUGCGCGUAUAAAUAACUAACAGCUCAAACAAAAUAUAAGAACCGUUGGUUGGUAACAUGUACGGGCUAUUUUUUUU